GCGCAAACAAGCACAAAUCGCAUAGCUCUCUAAUUCCUACGUGUACUUGGCCCGCAGUGGGUUUCCGUUCCAACGACGACAGGCUCGACGUGUAGCUUUCUUUCUUUCUCUCAUCCAGCAUGGACUACUCGAAACCUAUCGCCUUUUGUGAACACCUGCAGCUAUCCAGCUUGGGUGUUCAGCCUGCGUCCAUUUCAUUCCAGGCGAACUUUGACCCUCGAGUCUGACCAUUAUAUCUGUAUAAGAGAGAAAGUCAAUGACAAGGACCAAGUCAUUAUUGUCGACCUUGCCGAUGCCAACAAUGUUAUGCGUCGGCCCAUCACUGCUGAUUCUGCACUUAUGCACCCACACCAGAAGAUAUUAGCGUUGAAAUCACAACGAACGCUGCAAAUCUUCAACCUCGAAGCCAAGACGAAGAUCAAGUCACAUGUGAACGACUCGGACGUUGUCUUCUGGAAGUGGAUCUCAGACUCGACAAUUGGUUUGGUUACGGAGACUGCUGUGUACCACUGGACUGCUUCCGACAGCACUUCACCACCCCAGAAGAUAUUUGACCGCCAUCCGACACUUGUUGGCGCACAGAUCAUCAACUAUCGUGCCAGCGCAGACGAAAAAUGGCUCGUGCUCAUUGGUAUCUCCGGAAACACCACCAAUCCUUCCGCCUUUAAGGUCAAGGGCUCCAUGCAGUUAUUCAGCAGGGACAGGGGGGUUAGCCAGCCGAUUGAAGGUCAUGCUGCUUCGUUUGCCGAACUUACACUUGACGGCCACCAGAACAAGACGAAGUUGUUCACAUUUGCUGUUCGUACUGCGACUGGUGCCAAGCUGCAUAUCGUCGAAGUUGACCACACCGCACCUGAUCCGCCAUUCACGAAGAAAGCUGUCGACGUGUACUUCCCACCUGAAGCGACGAAUGACUUCCCUGUCGCCAUGCAGGUGUCGAAGAAGCACGGAAUUGUCUACCUUGUCACCAAAUAUGGCUUCAUCCACCUUUAUGACUUGGAAUCCGGUGCUUGCAUCUACAUGAAUCGAAUUUCUGGAGAGACCAUUUUCGUCACUGCGGAACACGAAGCGACUAAUGGUAUUAUUGGUGUCAACAAGAAGGGUCAAGUUUUGAGUGUCAGCGUUGACGAGCAGACUAUCAUCCCGUACAUCCUCAACACUUUGAACAACACGGAGCUUGCGUUCAAGCUUGCCAGUCGGGGUAACCUCCCUGGAGCUGAUGACCUUUACGUCAAGCAGUACCAACAGCUAUUCCAGAGUGGCCAGUUCAGUGAGGCUGCAAAGGUCGCAGCAAACUCACCGCGGGGUAUUUUGCGCACUGCUCAAGUUAUUGAGUCGUUCAAGCAAGCGCCUGCGCCUCCUGGUGGUCUCUCUCCCAUUCUCCAGUACUUCGGUAUCCUUCUUGAGAAGGGUGAACUCAACCACCUGGAAUCCAUUGAGCUAGCCCGCCCGGUGUUGCAGCAGGGUAGGAAGCAGUUGCUUGAGAAAUGGUUGAAGGAGAAUAAGUUGACGUGCAGCGAAGAGCUUGGUGAUAUUGUCCGCUUGCACGACCUGACGCUAGCCCUGAGCAUCUACCUUCGGGCCAAUGUCCCCAACAAGGUCAUUGCCUGCUUCGCUGAGACUGGUCAGACCGACAAAGUUGUACUCUAUGCGAAGAAGGUUGGCUACACCCCCGACUAUGUUGGUCUACUGCAGCAUAUCAUGCGAACCAACCCUGAGAAGGGUGCCGAGUUCGCUGCUCAGUUAGUCAACGAUGAGAGCGGUCCGAUGGUUGACGUUGAACGGGUUGUGGACAUCUUUAUGUCUCAGAACAUGAUCCAACCUGCCACCUCCUUCUUGCUUGAUGCGCUCAAGGAGAAUAAGCCGGAGCAGGCUCAUCUGCAGACUCGUCUCUUGGAGAUGAACUUGGUUCAUGCGCCGCAGGUUGCUGAUGCUAUUCUCGGCAAUGAGAUGUUCACUCACUACGAUCGUUCGCGUAUUGCCAACCUUUGCGAGAAAGCUGGUCUUCUUCAAAGGGCUUUAGAGCAUUACGAGGACCUUGCUGAUAUCAAGCGUGUCAUCGUUCACACUAACAUGUUCCAACCUGAGUGGAUUGUCAACUACUUUAGCCGCUUGACUACUGAACAGUCUAUGGCCUGCUUGCAUGAAAUGCUUCGUGUUAACAUCCGUCAGAACCUUCAGAUCGUCAUCCAGAUUGCUACCAAAUAUUCCGACAUCUUGGGUCCUGUCAAGUUAAUUGAGAUGUUCGAGUCGUUCAAGACCUUCGAGGGUCUCUACUACUACCUCGGCUCUAUUGUCAACCUCAGUCAAGACCCUGAAGUUCACUUCAAGUACAUCCAAGCUGCCGUUCGCACUGGUCAGAUCCGCGAAGUCGAGCGCAUCUGUCGCGAGAGUAACUACUACAACCCGGAGAAGGUCAAGAACUUCCUCAAGGAAGCUAAAUUGUCCGACCAGCUUCCCCUCAUCAUCGUCUGCGACCGAUUCGACUUUGUCCAUGAUUUGGUUCUAUACUUGUACCAGAAUGGCUUAACCAGCUUCAUUGAGGUCUACGUGCAGCGAGUCAACUCUUCUAGGACUCCACAGGUCAUCGGUGGAUUGCUCGAUGUCGAUUGUGACGAGACCACCAUAAAGUCCUUGCUUGCCUCAGUCCCUGGCAAUUUCUCUAUCGACGAACUCGUCACCGAGGUGGAGAAUCGUAACAGGCUGAAGUUGAUCAUGCCCUGGCUUGAAGCUCGAGUGCAACAGGGCAGCCAAGAUGCAGCGAUUUACAACGCUCUGGCCAAGAUCUACAUCGACAGUAAUAAUAACCCCGAGCAGUUCUUGAAGGAGAACAACUUGUACGAGCCCCUGGUUGUCGGUAAAUUCUGCGAGGCCCGUGAUCCCUACCUGGCGUAUAUUGCGUACGCUAAGGGCUUCUGCGAUGAUGAGCUUAUUUCUAUCACCAACGAUAAUUCCAUGUUCAAGCAACAGGCUCGCUACCUCGUCAAACGUCGCCAACUUGAGCUUUGGGCACAAGUCCUCAAGCCGGACAACAUUCAUCGUCGUCAACUCAUUGACCAGAUUAUCGCUACUGCUAUUCCUGAGUCUACCGAUCCUGAUGAUGUCUCAGUCACUGUCAAGGCAUUCUUGUCGGCCGACUUGCCCAUCGAACUCAUUGAACUGCUCGAAAAGAUCAUUUUGGAGCCAUCCGCCUUCAGCGACAACAAGAACUUGCAGAAUCUGUUGAUGUUGACUGCGAUUCGUGCUGAUAAAGGCAAGGUCGUGGGCUACAUUGACAAACUGCAGAACUACGACGUCGCUGAGAUUGCCAGGAUUGCAAUCGAGCACGGUCUUCACGAGGAAGCCUUCCUUAUCUACAAGAAGUACGAGGACCACGCUAGCGCUAUCAAUGUACUCGUUGAGCACAUUGUCUCACUUGACCGUGGUGUGGAGUAUGCAAACAAGGUCAACAAGCCUGAGGUCUGGAGCCGUUUAGCUAAGGCUCAGCUCGAUGGUCUUCGCAUCAAGGAUGCCAUUGAUUCUUACACCAAGGCUGGGGAUCCGUCGAACUAUGUCGAAGUCAUCGAGAUCGCCAGCCGCGCUGGUAAGCACGAUGACCUCGUCCGUUACCUACAGAUGGCUCGCAAAUCGCUGCGCGAACCCAAGAUCGACACGGAACUGGCCUAUGCCUAUGCGAAGACCGAUCGUCUUCAUGAUAUGGAGGACUUCCUCGCUAUGACCAAUGUCGCAGACAUUUUGGAGGUCGGAGAGAAGUGUUUCGAAGACGAAUUGUACCAGGCUGCGAAGUUGUUGUUCACUAGUAUCUCCAAUUGGGCUCGCUUGGCAACGACAUUGAUCUACCUUGGAGAGAACCAGGCUGCCGUUGAGAGUGCUCGCAAGGCUGGUAACACCCAGGUUUGGAAGCAAGUUCAUGCGGCGUGCUUGGAGAAACAAGAGUUCCGUUUGGCCCAAAUUUGUGGCCUCAACAUUGUCGUUCAUGCGGAGGAACUACCUGGUAUUGUGCAAUCGUAUGAACGCAAGGGCUACUUCGAUGAGAUUCUUGCGUUGCUGGAGGCUGCCUUGAGUCUUGAGCGUGCUCAUAUGGGUAUCUUCACCGAACUUGCUAUUCUCUACAGCAAGUACCGUCCGGAGAAGCUCAUGGAGCACCUGAAGCUCUUCGUGUCUCGUAUCAACAUUCCCAAGGUUAUCAAAGCCACUGAACGCGCACACUUGUGGCCCGAACUGGUGUUCUUGUACAUCAAGUAUGACGAGUUUGAUAACGCUGCACUUGCUAUGAUCGAACGGUCCGCGGAUGCCUGGGAACACAAUCAGUUCAAGGACGUCAUUGUUCGAGUGGCAAACAUCGAGAUCUACUACAAAUCAUUAACUUUCUAUCUGCAAGAGCAACCCACGCUCCUCACGGACUUGCUCACUGUCCUCAUUCCCCGUAUCGACCACACCCGAGUCGUCAAGAUGUUCAGGCUGAUCGAUCAUAUUCCACUCAUUCGAUCAUAUCUCAUUGCUGUUCAACAUUUGAAUAUCACAGCUGUUAAUGAGGCUUACAAUGAUUUGCUCAUUGAAGAGGAGGAUUAUAAGACUCUGCGCGAUUCAAUAGACAGCUUCGACAACUUCAACAACAUUGAGCUUGCCCGACGGCUGGAGAAGCAUGAACUUCUGGAGUUCCGACGAUUGGCUGCACACCUUUACAAGAAGAAUGCUCGUUGGGAAGAGUCGAUCGCACUCUCGAAGCAGGACAAGCUCUACAAGGAUGCGGUGAUCACUGCGGCAACCUCAGCAUCAAUAGAAGUGGCGGAAGACCUCCUGUCGUACUUCGUCGACAUCGGCAACAAGGAGUGCUUUGCCGCUGCGCUCUACGUAUGCUUCGACCUUCUUCGUGAAGACAUCGUCGAGGAGCUCUCAUGGCAACAUGGCCUCAAUGAUUUCUACAUGCCCUACAAGAUCCAGAAAAAGCGCUCACUGGUGGAGAAGAUUGCUUCGUUGGAGAGGCAGGUCCGGGAACAUUCUCAAAAGGUGACCCAAAAGGAAAAGGAGGAGGAUGAGGCCCCCAUUCUUGGCCCAGGCUUCGGCGGUCGAUUACUCCUCACUCAGGGCAAUGGAUACCCUGGGCAAGCACCGCCAGUGAUGCCUAUGGCGACUGGUAUGCCUAUGCCUCCUGCCAUGACUGGUUUCGGCGGUUUCUGAUCAGACAUCCGCACACUACUCAUACUUCAUCUUGUUGUAAUGUCCUAUUGCAUAUCCCUCUGUUUGACUCUCGUAACGCCUAUGGAAUAAUUAUCAUUAUGUCGGUAUUCUCUUCAUGAAUUAUCGGCAGCAAUGAGUAUUGAGACAUGAAAAGUUGCGCAGCAAGUGAUGUACUAUGAUAUUACAAACAUACAGGAACUAGUUAGUACAGUUAGGGUACAGUUAGGUAUAUGCGAACAGGAACUGAGAUGCAUAGCUGGAAAACAAUAUACAUAUACGACAAAUGUCCAU